AUGGCAGCUAUCACCAACGCAGAUAUUCCAGUUCUUCCUACAGUCGUUCAGAUUGUGGAUCGUCUGGCAGAGAGCAGUGGGAAAAUCAAGUCCGUCAUCCCCCUCAAUACUCUUCUGCGACUAACACCACCCAGAACUGCGCCGCCUCCCCAAGACGAUCUGACUAUCCUGCAAUACGCACCUGAAUUUGGCGAGCUCAUCGGUCCCUCUCCGACUCACUCCCUUCUUCUCUCAACAUCUGGGACAUCCAAGAACCCCUUUUUCCACGAAGCUUGCGUCUUCCUCCCCGCCCACGAUGAGCUCUAUACAACCUCCAACCUCCUGCAAUCAACUUCCACCUCUAACUACCCCACCAUCCUCAUCUCUCGCAUCAAGCUGCACCGCACCGACCGCCUCAGCGGCUCCAACAAUGUACACACCGUAGAGUGGGCUAAGAUGCGUCCCCCACCUGGUAUCGAUAUGCCCAACGGCGGCGUCAACUACCAAGACGGCAUCCUCUUCUGCGCACAGGGACAAGCCACAUCUGGCACAGGCGGGAUCCACUACAUGCCUAGAGGAGCUGCGCCUAAGCCAAUGGUGACCAGAUUCCAUGGCCGGGACUUUAACAGUGUGAAUGAUGUGGUGGUCGCCAAAGAUGGGGCGCUAUGGUUCACGGAUCCGUGUUAUGGACACGAACAGGACUUCCGACAGAGACCCAAGUUGCCGUGCCAUGUCUAUCGGUUUGAGCCUGGUACGGGCGAUUUGAGAGUUGUGGCUGAUGGGCUGGGGAGGCCGAACGGGCUUGCGUUUAGUCCGGAUGAGAAGACGUUGUACAUUACUGAUACGGAUCAUAUCCAUGGGGAUGGGAGUACGGAUACUACGAGGGCUUCGACUAUCUAUGCAUAUGACGUUCAAACCAUCUCGGGAGGCCAGUUUCUUGUUAAUAAGAGGCUGUUCGCUUUUGCUGCGGUGGGCUUCCCAGAUGGCAUCAAAUGUGACGUCUAUGGUAACGUGUAUUCCGGCUGCGGCGAUGGUGUCGAGGUUUGGAACCCUGCUGGUAGUCUUAUUGGCAGGAUUCUGGUCCCCGGUGGCGUGGCCAACUUUUGUUUUGGGAAGGAUGGAGAGAUGUUUCUCUGUGCUGAACAGAACCUCUGGAGGGUACAGCUGGCGAGGGAGACGACCGGUGCUUUUCUGAGAGUUUGA